UGUGGUGCCAUGUUUGUUAGGCAUGGCAGAAAUACAACAAGAGUGCGAAAAGUUCCACUUAAAGCUUUCAAAUGAUACUAGGAAGUUUCUGAUUUUUGAAAUGCUCAAAAGUAUAGGUCCCUGCCAAUCACAGAGAUUAAUAAGCAAAUUUGUUUCUAAAGGUAUCAUCACAUGGGAAGAAGAAUUUGAAGUUGAAGCUGUUUUGGACCAUUGGAAGGAUGAAGACAAAGUCUAUUAUCUCAUUAAAUGGCAUGGCUGGGGGAACGAAUUCAAUAGUUGGGAGCCUGAGGAAAAUUUGUGCUGUGAGGACAUUUUAAAAGAAUACCAUAAAAAUGUUGCAGGAAAACAGUUAAGAAAAAGAAAAUUUGCUUUCUCAGGCCAAGAAGAUUUCAGAACACUUAAAAAAAAGAAGAUAGAUGAACUCUUUCAAAAACUUUUAGAGUCAAAAUUAAUUGAUACAAUGUCACCAAUGGACAUGGUCACAUUUUAUAGUCCUGUAAAGAAAAAGGCACAACAGAAAGGUUUAUUGACUAUUUCAAAUACAAAAUUAAUGCGACCUAAGUCAAAGAACAAAAAAUUAUUUCGCAGUGAAGUACUAAAAGCUCUGAAGGAAUGGGAGAAUCAACUUAACGCCAUCAUUAAAGGCUAUGAUCCAGCACCUUUGUUUGUGGAAAACAAUGUUGACUUAGAGGGACCACCAGACAAUUUUAUUUAUAUUAAUGAACGUAAAGAAGGCCCAGGUGUAAUUAUUGCCAAAGAUCCACUGAUAGGUUGCGAGUGUGAGGAUUGCUAUGAAUGUCGAAAAACCUGCUGUCCUGUUGCUGGUGGUGCUGAGCUAGCAUAUUAUAAAUCAAACUCAAGACUACGAGUACCAAGAGGUGUUCCAAUUUUUGAGUGCAAUGUGCGUUGUAAAUGUGGCUCAGAUUGCCUUAACAGAGUUGCACAAAAAGGCAGAAAAUACAAGUUGUGUAUUUUUCGCACAGCAAAUGGAAGAGGAUGGGGAGUUAAGUCUCUUCAGCUAAUAAAGAAGGGAGCUUUUGUUAUUGAGUAUGUUGGUGAGGUAAUCACCAAUGAAGAAGCUGAAAGACGUGGAAAAGACUAUGACGCUGUUGGUAGAACCUAUUUAUUUGAUUUAGAUUUUAAUGACCCUGAUGCUCCAUUUUCUGUAGAUGCAGGCACAUAUGGUAAUGCCGCCCAUUUUAUCAAUCAUUCUUGUGACCCUAAUUUGGAGGUUCAUGUUGUGUGGAUAAACACCUUGGAUCCAAGAUUGCCACACAUAUGCUUAUAUGCCAAGAGAGACAUUAAGAAAAAUGAAGAGCUAACUUUUGAUUAUAUGAGUGGUAACCUAAUGCAGGAAGAGAAAUUAAAUGAAAGUCCCAAAGAUGUGACAUCCACUGAACCAUUAUCAGAUGAAAUAGAAAAUCUGCUGUCACCCAACAAUAUUCCUACACCUCCAUCUUCAGAUACUGAGUCAGUUGGUGCAGAAAGUAAUGGCAAUGAUGAAAAUGCUGUCAAACCAUCAAAGUUUAGCAUGGCCUGUUUAUGUGGUACUACAUCUUGUAGAAAAUUCUUAUUUUUUUAAGCCAUAAAUAGUGAUCAUUAAUUGACAAAAAAAUUUGCCACAAUUUCCACCUUCAUGAACUAUAAAUAAAAUGUUUAAUCAUAUGAAAUUCUUUUUAUUUUGGUUUACAGAGGUCCUAAAUGAUAGUUUAAAAAAAUUUAUUUCCUUUUUUUUUUAAAGCUUAGAUGUUAACACACAAAAAUUCCUUUGUAAACUUUUUUUUUUUUUUAGAAUUUUUUUGUUGCAAAAGCUUAAUCAAUACCAAUGAAAAAUAAUAUUGUAUCUAUGAAAUAUGUUAUUUAGCUAUGUCCAGUUGAGAUUUGCCAUACCAUGUGAAUAAGAUUUAUGUGGUUAAAUUGAUUUACCUUUUGCUCAUAUAUCUAUACUUUAAUGUAAUCAUUUUAUAAAUAUCGCUGCAUAUUUUUAUUUUAUUUUUCAACUAAAAAUUAAGAUAACAGUAUUUAAUUUAGCCUAUUGAAUAACUAUAUUGCAAUCAAUUUUUUUAUGGUAAACUUUAUCCUCCAAUAUUUGUUCCAACAAGGAAAGAGUGAAACAUGUUGAAGUGGAUAUUUCCAUUAACAGAAAUAUUUUUUAAAGCUGGAACUGCUUAAUUAUUAAAUUUGUAACAUUGUUGUUUUUUUUUACUGAAAUGCAUGGCUUUAAAGUUUAAAAGCUACCGUUAAAUUUGCCUCCUUUGUUAAAAAAAAUCUACCCUAUUCUUUUAUAGAUUUAUAAUUUUUUGAAAUAAUUUAUUUGUAUGCUUAUAAAGUAAUUAUGAAGUAUCUUAUGCUUAGAACCUUUUUGUUUUCAUUUUAGUUUUGUUUGUUACUAAAUAAUUUUGGUAGAUAAGAUUACUAUAAAAUUAAAGCUUAAUUACUGUACAUAAAGAACACAUCGAGUAACUCUUACUGAAAGGGCAAGAUACUUCUCAGCAGCUUAAAUUUAUUUAGGACAUUUUUUUUAUUCAUCUAUGAUUAUUUUUAAAAGAUUUUAUUUUUUGUUUUGAUUGGUAUUUUGAUGUACAUGUAAGUUGAAAACUUCCUUUUGUUCAGUUCUGAAAAAGAAAAAAGCUUUAAAGGCUUAGAAGUGGAAUUAAAAUACAUUAAGAAAUGUGUUACUUAAUCUACUAUGAUGUAAAAUCUAUAAAAAGAUUUGACUAAAUUUGAUAAUGGAUAUUUCAUUUAUAAACCCUUUUUGUAUUUCUAAAUGAAUGUAACUAUUUGCUGGCAACAUUAGCCAAUUUGUUAAUUGGAUAACCAUUUAUUUUUAUACAUUGGUAUGACCAAUGAACAUACCGGAAUUUUUUUAAUUCACAAUUUGAAAAAGAAAGUUCUAAUCUUUGCAUUUGUAAAACAAGCAGUUGUUUAAUUCUUAGAGUUGGACUUUCUACAUCAAGACUUUUAUGAAUUUGAAGUGUACAUUUUUACAAUUUGUGUGUUUAAAAUCAAAUUUUUAAAAUAAAUUGUAUUUAGUAGUUUGCCAUUAAUUGACUGAAAAUUAAAAGUAGCGAUGAUACAAG